UUGCAGUAUUCACACCAUCGAAAUAUCGCGACUUACUACGGGGCUUUCAUCAAGAAACUGCCUUCAUCGACGGGAAAGCUGGACCAGCUGUGGUUGGUGAUGGAAUUCUGUGGCAGCGGCUCGGUCACUGAUCUUGUCAAAAGCACCAAGAGCAAUUCUCUGAAGGAAGAUUGGAUCGCUUACAUAUGUCGCGAAAUUCUUCGGGUAAUUUUGCCAUUCCCGAAUUUGCCUUUUUUUUGUGAAUUUUUACAAAAAUUGUACCACUCAAUCCCCGGUCAAAAUGUUCUACUUACGGAUAGCGGUGAAGUGAAACUGGUCGAUUUCGGUGUAAGUGCUCAGUUGGAUAGGACCGUUGGACGUAGGAAUACAUUCAUUGGAACUCCCUACUGGUGA